UAAUUGGAGACUGAGACUGCUAAACAGACGCUGGAGAGUAACAGGCGAAUUUCAUCGAACGCCUUCAAUGUCGAAUUCAGAGAAUCCCCUAAACCAAACCCUAGAACACCAAUCCUUCGAUCUGAGCCCUAAUAUUUACAGCCACGAAUCCCAAGAAUGGGAGGCGAUUGCUCGUGCUUGGCUCUCUACAAUGCCUGAGGGCAAGACUCUGACCAUGAGCGAGGUCGAAGCUUGGCUCGACUCCAACCAUGCCUUUUUACCUGACCAUAUCAAAACAAUGGCUCCAUCCGAGCUCUACGACCGCCUCACUUUGAUUCUUAAUAGCACUGAAACGCCUAAUAAGGACAAAGAUGUUAAUCAGGUUGAUCUUCAUCAAGCUCGGUUUCAACGCACUGAUCAAUGGAUGCCAGUUUAUUCCUGGUUAGAAUCAUUAGAUGCAGAUGAGGUUAUCAAGUCAAAAGAUAUCUUAGACUGGUUAUCUGAGAACGCAGAGGUUAGGGAACAGCUGUACUCGAGACAUUCCCGUUAUCAUCUGAUGCACUACAUUAAAAAGUGCCAUGUAAAAAUACUGAAGAGAAAGGAGAAGAAGAAGGGCUUGCAGCCUACCAGCAAAGAAGAUCCUGUAAAGGUUCACAAAAAUGAGGGCAUAAAGCUACCCGUUCCACUUCCAAGCAAUGCUUUGAACAAUCUACCUAAAGAUAGUGACAUAUACUUGACAAAGCGAAAUGAAGCUUUCCGCAAGUAUGAGAUUUUAAUAGAGUUGGAGAAACAGCUUUAUACCAUCCUCCCAAAACGAGAAAAUGCAAAUAAUUUGGAGUCUAAAAAUCCUGUGUUGACAGAGCAGGCAGAGUAGCAUGGACAGGAUUAGUGCAGUUUUGCUGGUAAUAAGCCCUUUGUAAUUAGCUCUCUCUCUCUCUCAUUAACGAGCCUAAAAGUGAUUAAGUGUGCUCUCUUUGGUAGUUUCCUGGUAUGACAAGGAAAUAUUUAAUUUAUGUUAGAUUAGACAGCAGAAGUGGUGUAUAAAUGUAAAACUGAAACUGGUAGGGGUUUAGGUGAAAGCAAUCUGAAAUGAUAUUAAUCUUCUGCCUUGUCACCCUGCUUUAUAAUCAGUAUUAAAGCAAAAGUUACGAGUGACUCUAUAUGUUCAUGUACUUCAUUGUUUCAAGUACUAUUAAAUCAAAGUGAGACUAAUAUUUAUGGAUUAAUUAUUUGAGAUUCGGAUUUGCUGUGA